AUGGUGACGGUGCGCGAGGUGCCGACGACGCCGAUCGAGGGGCAGAAGACGGGCACGAGCGGACUGCGGAAGAAGGCGGCGGUGUUCAGCGAGGGGAACUAUUUGGCGAACUGGGUGCAGGCGCUGUUCGGCGCGCUGCCGAGGCGCGAGGUCGAGGGGAGCGCGAUGGUGCUGGGAGGGGACGGACGAUGGUUUAAUAAGGAGGCGAGUCAAAUAAUUUUGAAACUGGCGGCGGGGAACGGGGUGAAGAAGAUGUACGUCGGGAGGGAUGGGUACUUGUGCACGCCGGCGGCGAGCGCGGUGAUUCGCGAACGCGGGGCGUACGGGGGAUUCAUCAUGAGCGCGUCGCACAAUCCGGGCGGGCCGAAGGAAGACUGGGGGAUCAAGUUUAAUUACAGCUCGGGCGAACCGGCGCCGGAGAAGAUCACGGAUGCGAUUUACGGGUUCACGCAAACCGUGGACACGUUGAAGAUGGCGGACAUCCCGGACGUCGACUUGAGCGUGUGCGGCGUCACCAAGUUUGGUGACUUUGAGGUCGAAGUCAUCGAUCCGGUGGCCGAUUACUUGAAGCUUCUCAAGCGAGUCUUCGACUUUGAUCUCAUCAAGUCGUUGUUGACGCGCCCGGAUUUCAAGAUGCAAUUCGACGCCAUGCACGCCAUCACGGGCGCGUACGCCAAGCCCAUCUUUGUCGAUGAACUCGGUGCGUCGCCAGACUCGUGCGUGAACGCCGUGCCGAAGGAAGACUUCGCGGGCGGUCAUCCGGACCCGAACUUGACGUACGCCGAAGAGCUCGUCAAGGUGAUGUUCUCCGCCGACGCGCCGGAUUUCGGCGCCGCGUCCGACGGCGACGGCGAUCGCAACAUGAUUCUCGGUAACAACUUCUUCGUGACCCCGAGCGAUUCCGUCGCUAUCAUCGCCGCUAACGCGGUCGAGUGCAUCCCGUACUUCAAGUCUGGUUUGAAGGGUUUGGCGCGCUCCAUGCCCACCGCCGCCGCGCUCGAUCGCGUCGCCGCGGGUCUCGGCGUCGAGUGCUUUGAAACCCCCACUGGGUGGAAGUUUUUCGGCAACUUGAUGGACGCUGGUCGCUUGUCGGUGUGCGGUGAAGAAUCCUUCGGUACCGGCGCCGAUCACGUGCGCGAAAAGGACGGUCCCUGGGCCGUUCUCGCGUGGUUGUCCAUCUUGGCGUACCGCAACAAGGACGUGCCGGUGGGCGGCAAAAAGGUGAGCGUCGAGCAAAUCACCAAGGAACACUGGGCCAAGUACGGUCGCAACUUCUUCUCUCGUUACGAUUACGAAGGCUGUGAGUCCGACCCGUGCAACGCCAUGGUCGAGUCGCUCCGUGCCAAGGCUGCCGCCUCAAAGAAGGGCGACAAGUACGGCGACUACGAGUUGGACUACGCCGACGACUUCGAGUACACCGAUCCCAUCGACGGUUCCGUGUCCAAGAAUCAAGGCGUCCGCUUCGUCUUCACCGAUGGUUCUCGUUUCAUCUUCCGCCUGUCUGGCACCGGUUCUUCCGGCGCCACCGUGCGCAUGUACAUUGAGCAAUACGAAGCCGAUCCCGCCAAGCAGGGCGCCGACGCCCAAGUCGCCUUGGCGCCUUUGAUCAAGAUUGCUCUCGAGACCAGCGAGCUCGCCAAGUUCACCGGUCGCGAGUCCCCGACCGUGAUCACGUAA